CGGGCGAGCCGGGCGUCUGCGGCGGCGGCGGCGGCGGCGGCAGAAGCGGCGGUGGCGGCGGCGGCGGCGGAAGAAGUCUAAGAAACAGCAGGGACGGCGGCAGCGGCUACAGAGGCAGAGGCGACGGCGGCGGCGGCAGCGGCGACGGCAGCAGCGGCAGCAGCAGCAGCAGCCCGAACAGCCGCAGGAGCAGCAGCCGCGGGAGGAGCAGCAGCAGCCGCAGGAGGAGCAGCAGCGACGGGUCGGCUUCUGCAGCGGCGAGCUCAGCACCGCAGCGCCGCGGGCUCUGCUGCGGCACACUGAUCCCGCCAAGCAGCCCCGGCAGCGCCCCUACCCCAAUCCCCACCUGCUCCCCUACCCUCCGCCCAGCCCCGGCAGCGUCCGCUCCUUCGUCUUGUCACCCCUGUACCCGGGGAUGCUGCUGUCCAAGAUUAACUCCCUGGCUCACCUGUGCUCCGGGCCCUGCGUGGAGCUGCACUCGGCCAAGCUGCCUCCCGGGAAAGAAAAGGAGCCCCUGGAGAAGCAGUACCAGGUGGGCCCGCUGCUCGGCAGCGGUGGCUUUGGGUCUGUCUACUCGGGCACCCGGCUAGCAGAUGGCGCACCGGUUGCUAUCAAGCACGUGGACCGGGAUAGGAUCUCGGACUGGGGGGAGCUGCCCAACGGCAACCGAGUGCCCAUGGAAAUCCUCCUGUUGAAGAAAGUGAGCUCGGGGUUUCCCGGGGUCAUCCGACUUCUGGACUGGUUCGAGAGGCCCGACAGCUUCAUCCUGGUGCUGGAGCGACCGGAGCCCGUCCAGGAUCUCUUUGACUUUAUUACGGAGAGGGGAGCCCUGCAGGAGGAGCUGGCCCGAAGCUUCUUUUGGCAGGUGCUGGAGGCUGUCAGGCACUGCCACAGUUGUGGGGUGCUACACCGAGACAUCAAGGAUGAAAACAUUCUCAUCGACCUGAACCGGGGGGAGCUCAAGCUGAUCGACUUCGGAUCCGGGGCACUGCUUAAGGACACAGUGUACACCGACUUCGAUGGGACCCGUGUGUAUAGCCCGCCAGAGUGGAUCCGUUACCACCGAUACCAUGGCAGGUCUGCUGCAGUGUGGUCCCUGGGGAUCUUGUUGUAUGAUAUGGUCUGUGGUGAUAUCCCCUUUGAACAUGAUGAGGAAAUUAUCCGAGGCCAAGUGUUCUUCAGGCAAAGAAUCUCUUCAGAAUGUCAGCAUCUCAUUAAGUGGUGCUUGGCUCUGAGACCAUCAGAUCGACCAUCCUUUGAAGAGAUCCAGAGCCAUCCGUGGAUGCAAGAUGUGCUCAUGCCCCAGGAGACAGCAGAGAUCCACCUACACAGCCUGAUGCCAGAGUCCAGCAAAUAAUAGCCUCUCUUCUGGCUCCCCCCACCCCUCCACCUCCUCGAUGAUGUUCACGGGGCAGAGAAGCAGGGGAAGCUUCCUCCCUUCUCCCACUUCCCAAGUACCAAUGACUCUUGGAAUCAAGCAGGGCCUUGCUUGUUACAGGAACAACAAUUCAUAGCUCAUUCCAGACCCAAGUUCCCUGGAGGCUACCUCCUGACCAGGAGAAACUACUCCAUCCCAGGUGGCCUGGGCCUCAACUUCUAAGGAUUUUCCCCUUACCACUUCCCCCCAGGUUACCAGUGUUUCUCAACACUGCAGAAUCCUGGAGGCUUCAGCCCUGGGCUGAGACUGAUUUCCUAACCUAUAGAGUUCUAUUGAAUGCUGGGAGGGUUGGAGGAAAAAAAAAAGGGGGUGGGGUGGGGGGGGAGGGUUGGAGAGGGGGGAAAAAUAGGAUAGGACUGAAUUGAAUAACAUUGUAUUUCGUCACUGUCACCCCUUCCAACCCUUCAGAGUGCCUUCUGUGGUGACUCCGGCUGUGCUGGGAGAAAUACUGGAAUUUGCCCUCUUACCUGCUGCUUCUCCAAAAAUCUGCCUGGGUUUGGUUCCCUCUUCUCUCUCUCUCUUCUUCACCUCCUCCCAAAUUCCCCCCUCUCCCUUCUCAAUCCAUAAGAAAGGUGCCAUGGAAGAAGCUGUGGGGCCAAACACUGAGCCACCUCACCUGCCCAAUUUCUGCCUCCUGUAGUCAAACUUUAGAACUGGUCUUCCUCCUUGGUUGUUAACUUAAUGUUUCAAAGCCAAGACCUCAAGAGAAAAAAAAACAAAAUGCACAGACAAUGCAACUCAGCAGGAAAAGAAAAAACUGUAAAUGUGUGUACAUUUGGCACAUUAGUGUAAAAAAGAUUGUUAGUUGUUUGGAAUUUUUUUUUGUUGAAUUUUUGCCUUUUUAAGUUAUUAAUUUUUUUUCUUUUUUUUGGUUAAAAAAAAAAAAGAGAACCGCAUCCUAACUUGGAGGUCAAUGUUAUGUAUUUAUUUAUUUAUUUAUUUGGUUCCUGCCCUGUCACCCUCUCCUCUCUUCCCCUGUCCCCCCAGCUUUCCACGGCUGCCAGUCCUGGUUUUCUUUUCCUCCUUUUCUCUCCUCCAACUUGGGGACCUUCUGGGGGUGGGAAUUGGUGUGUAUAUAUGGGGGGCGGGAAGGGGGGGGACAGCCAAUAUUUGCUCUGUAUGUGCCUCUGCACUGCAUGGAGUAGCGGGACCUGGGCCAGACAGCUGUCUGCAGCUUCUGGACGGACUGCCUUUGUUCCCCUCACCUGCACACAUGUGUCUAGUUUCCAUGGGUAAUGGGGGAGGGGUAUUGCUUGUGUAUAUAACCCUUCUGGAUGGUGGUGUAUGUGGUGUGUGUGCGCGCGCUCGCCUUCCAGAUUCUGGGGCUGUUUUCAAACAGCACGUAGCCUGCUGGUUUUAUCAAGUGUAAUACUGUACAGGGGGAUUAAAGAAGAUGUUAUUUUUUUUUAAUACAUGCUGUUUUUAAAUAAAAAAAAUCUUUUUGUCUUAA